AUGUUGAAUUUAAACCAUAACUCUACUUGUUCAGUUUCUGUACCCGUAGGUGAAGCGAGCGACACCGAUGGAGGAGGCCCAUUAGUAGUUGGCGGCAUUGCACGAGCACCGGAAGAAGUUGAUAUCGUAAACGAGCCCGAUAAUGAAGGAGGGAAUGGUGGUGGUGUUGCUGCUGCUGCCGCUGUUGCCGCCGCUGCCACUGCAUUAGCCAUCACUACUACUACGACAACAUCCGACCACGUCGGCAGUAGUAGCAGUAGUACCGUAAACAUCAGUGGUGGCUCCCUACCUAACAGUGGUACGGUGGCGCCAGGCAAUAGUUUUGAGAGCAAAAGUGGCCCAAUGCAGCCGACUGGUGGUGGUGGGUGCUGCAAUAGUAGUAGCGCAAGUAGUAGUAGCAGCAGCAGCAGCAGUAGUAGUAGCAACAGCAGUGUUGGCGGUGUUAGCGGAGGCACCACCGAUAGUAAUGCUGCAGCAGCAGCAAUAGCGCUGGCACUGAACCAGCAGCAGACUAACAUAUCGGUUGGAUCGUCGGCUGCGGCAGCUGCAGCAGCAGUGGUAGCCUUCGUUGGUGGACCAUUGAUGGCCGAAUACAUCAAAAGCGAUGUAGGUGUGCCGUUUCCCUUAGCUGCUACACAACCUUCACCACCACCGUUGGGUAGCAGUAGUGUAACCGGAGGUGGUGGUGGAGGAAGUGGAGGAGAAGGACCUUCCCAUAAACAGCAGCUAGUGGCAUCGCUGAAGCUACAAUCUCAAACCUCCCAACCGUUAUCGAUGCAGCAUCAGCCGCAACCACAACCCCAGUCGGCACCGUUGCCGUUACUCUCACCGAAAUCGCCACCGAUCGAUGAGCAGCCGUGCGAUCUGCGAAUGUUAACGCCCGCUACCUACUUGCGCGAAUUUGCCAGCAGCGUCAAACCCGAAUCGUUUGCGGCCGCCGCAGCGACUGCAAUAAAGUUGGCCGCCUCGGCAAACACGGGGAGUGCGAGUACGGCGGCUGCGCUGCCUAUGCCCAUGUUUAAGGGCAUGACGACGCCCCCGCCCCCGAUGGCAGUGCCUUCGCCGAUCGUCGGCGGUACCUAUUCCUGUACCAGGUGUGGCAACUCGUACGCCCGGCCGCACAGCCUCAACCGGCACAUCCGCUUCGAGUGUGGGGUCGAGCCGAAGUUCGAAUGUCCGGUGUGUCACAAAAAAUCGAAGCACAAGCACAACCUUGUGCUGCAUAUGCGCACACAUCAGCAUCGAUGA